GUACAUGCAUUGUGUGCAAUGCACGGGCUCGUUGGGUUGUGGAAGCUGCGAAGCCACUCCUCCGCCUACGUGCAUUUACCUACAUGUACCAUGAAUAUUUUGUGGGCUGCAUACUCAAUGUGUGAGACAGCUUCACAGCUCUAGCCCUGUCAGGGUAAUAGUCGUCGUUGAACUGGUCCUUGAUAUGUAACUUUGUCGUGAGCGCUGCAACUUCAUUGGCACGCUUAAACUUUUUCCCCGUUCUGACUAUUCUUGGAGAACCAUAAAUCGGAGCAAAUCUAAACCGACAAAAAAGGUGGGAAAGAUGGGCAACCAAGAGAGUGCUUCUGCCGGUAUUCACGUUGAAGGUUCGGUGUCAGCAUCGGGGGCCGUCGACGCUGGGGCAACCGCGGAGGGCAAAGGCAACGGUCCGCCAUCCCCGAAAAAAAGGCGUCUGAGUUUCAAGUCGCUCCGGAAUGGAUCAUUCCGCCGGUCGUUCAGGAUUCGCCGGAGUGGACGAAGAAAAGCGGUCAAAGGCAAGGGCGAGGAGAGAAUCGAAAUGGAAGGGGAUGUUUCAGACGAGCAAGGGGCAGCGGCUCGGGCUGCUGCCAAACUGAAGGCAUCAGGCAAAGGGAAACCGGUGGUUGACUUAAACAUAGCUGCACCGCUUGCGACAGAUGAAACAGAGAACAUGGACUUGGAUGCUGAUAUUGACGCUGGUGGAACUUUAGAUGUAUCUGGUGAAGCCUCGGGAGAUUUUGGUGGAAGUGCUGGCCUAAAGGCCAACAUUCCGUCUGGAGCAUCUGCAGGUGUUGGCGUAAGUGGGGAUAUGCCCUCUGCAGGUGCAAGUCUUGAUGUGUCUGCACCAGAUGUGAAACUGAGCGUGAAUGGAAAUAAACACAAAAAGCGAUCAUCUUUCCCUAAGUUCAGAAAAAGAACUCCUGUUGAGGCGGAGUUGGAUGUUGAACUUCCCAAGGGUGAAGCAGAGACUGGUGGAGGCAUAGAUGUAGCAGCUGGCAUCAAUGGACACAAAGGACAGAAACACAGGAGGAAGAAAAAUCAAGAAGCAGGAGUUAAAGUGAAAACACCAUCACUUUCUGCAGGAGGAGGAGCAGACAUGGAUAUCGACAUACCUGCAGUAGAAACACCUCAGGCUGGUUCUUCAGGUGGUGCUGAUGUUGAUGUAAAUGCUUCACUCCCUUCAGCUAAUGUAAAUGUCAAAGCUGAUAUGCCAGAAGCAAAAGUACAUUCUCCAAAGAAAGGUGGUUUCUUCGCCGGGAUAGCCAAGUUCUUCACUGGAGAUUCAUCUGAUUCAGAUUCUGAUGAUGAGACCAAAAAACUCAAACAAGAGAUAAAUCUUCCUAAAGGAAAUUUAUCUGUUGAAUCUCCAGGAGCUGAUGUAAGAGGUGAUGUGGAUGCCAACCUAGACACAUCAGCAAAUAUCAGCGGGUUUCCAGAGGGAGGCGCAAAUUUCAACAUUGGUGCAAGUGGCAAAGGUUCUCCAUCUAAAGGAAAGAAGGGAGGAAGGUUCAAGUUGCCCAAGCUUGGAAAGCCAAAAAUAAAUGGCAGCACUGAUGCAGGAGUAGAAGUUGCAAAUGCUGAUCUGGGAGGAGUUGUUGGAUUUGAUGUUGAAGCUCCAGAUGUUGUGGUGAAAGCUGAUGUUGACACUAAUGUUAAAACAAAAAAGCCAGAUUUUAAAUUUGGUGGCGGUGUGUAUGGGGAUGGUGAACUUGGCACCAAAGGAGAUCUUGCAGGACCAGAUGUUUCCAGUCCAAAAAAUGGUGUCAAUGCAGAUAUUGAUGGAGGAGUGAAUGUUCCAUAUGCAUCACCUGGUGUAAGGGGAGAUAUUAAAGCUCCCAGCAUUGGUGGAAGCAUCGGAAGUGGUUUUGGCAGAAGUGGGGGACUCGGCAUGAAAGGAGAUACUUCAUUACCUGAUGUCGAUCUAUCCGGUCCACAAAUUGGUGGUGAUGCACACAUUGGAGAAAGAGGGAAUGUACCGGAUGCUUCAGUGGGUAUUGGUGGAGAUGUUAAAGUUCCUGGCAUUGGUGGUGGUUUCAGUGGUGACAGUGAUGUGGCCAUUGAAAGAGGUAUUUCUGGACCUGAUGUUGAUGUAUCUGCUCCAAACUUUGGCGGUAAAGUGAAUGUUCCAGAUGCCUCACUGGAUGUUGAUGAUGUGAAAGCCCCCAGCUUUGGUGGUGGUGUUGGUGGUCACAUUGGACUUGGUGUCAAAGGAGGUAUAUCUGGACCUGAUGUUGAUGUAUCACCCCCAACCAUUGGCGGCAAAGGAAACAUUGGAGGAAAAGUGAAUGUACCAGAUGCUUCACUGGAUGUUGGUGAUGUGAAUGCCCCCAGCUUUGGUGGUGGUGUUGGUGGUGACAUUGGAUUUGCUGCCAAAGGAGGUAUAUCUGGGCCUGAUGUUGAUGUAUCACCCCCAACCAUUGGCGGCAAAGGAGACAUAGGAGGAAAAGGGGAAGUACCAGAUGCUUCACUGGAUGUUGGUGAUGUGAAAGCCCCCAGAUUUGGUGGUGGUGUUGGUGGUGACAUUGGAUUUGGUGCCAAAGGAGGUAUAUCUGGACCUGAUGUUGAUGUUUCACCCCCAAGCUUUGGCGGUAUAGGAAACAUUGGAGGAAAAGGGAAAAUACCAGAUGCUUCACUUAAUGUUGAUGAUGUGAACGCCCCCAGCUUUGGUGGUGGUGUUGGUGGUGAAAGUGGACUUGGUGUCAAUGGAGGUUUAUCUGGACCUGAUCUUAACAUCGGUGAUGACACAAACAUUAGAGGAUUGAAUGUACCAGAUGCCUCUGUGGGCAUUGGAGGUGACGUGAAAGCGCCAAGUUUUGGCGGUGGUAUUGGUGUCAGUGGUAGUGGUCCAAAGGGUGGGAUUUCCAGCCCUGACAUUGAUGUUCCUGCUCCAUCGGGUAGUAUUGAUGUUAGUGCAGAUGUGCCAGAUGCAAAACUUGAUCUCAGCAGCAAAAAGGACAAGGGAGGUUUCCACUUCAGACUUCCAAAGUUCAGAUUUCCGUCAUUUGGGUCGGGUGAUGCCAAAGCAAAAGGCAAUGUUUCUGUGAAAGGACCAGAGGGAAGAUUGAGUGUUAACUCUGACUUUGACGUUGUUGGAGAUGCAGACAUUGAUGUCAAGGCCAAAGGCCCAAAUGUACAAAGUGAUGUUAAAGGACCCUCUGGAAGCAAAUUGGGUUCAGUUGAUGUUGAUGCCCCUGGUAUUGGAGGUGAUUCUGAGGCCAGAGUAAAAUUGCCCAAGGGAUCAGUUGGCAUGUCUGGGUCGCUUGAUGUUGAUUCACCAGAGUAUGAGGGAAAAGGAUCAGGCAAAAAGAAGGGUUACCAGUUUGGUUUGCCAUCUUUUAACUUUGGAGGAAAGGUGCCAAAAUCUGAUGUUCCAGAUGUGGAUAUCAAUGCCAGUGCAGGUGUUGAUGUGGAGAAACCAGACACAGAUGUUGAUAUUAAAGUUGGAGCACCAGGAGUGGAUGUGGGUUUGCCUAAAGGUGAUAUUAGAGCAGGAAUUGGAGGCUCAUUUGGAGGAGCUUCAGGGUUGGGUGGCAUCAGUCCCCCAGAUGUUGGUGCAGAUGUAAAUGUUCAAAAGGGCAAAAUGUCAAUUGAUGAUCCAGAUCUUGAUGGAACACUUGUAGUUGAUGGAAAUGUCAAAGGACCAGAAGGAGCAUUUGGGUUUAAAGGUGGGAGUAUUGAUUUGAAAGGACCUGACCUGGGAGGCGUACAAAAAUCAGUUGAUGUUGAGGUUGAAACCCCAAAGCCUAGUGCAGGUAUUGAUGUUGAUGUUCCAAGUGGCAAGUUGUCUGCAGGAGGUGACGUGUCUGGUUCUCUUGGUGUUGAUCCACCAGUGGCAGACCUGAGCUUAAAUGGAAAGGCAUCUGGAAAAGGUAAAAAAUUCCAUCUACCAAGUUUUAACCUCCCAAGCUUACCCAAGUGGAAGGGCAAGGGUAAAGCUGAAGUUGACAUUGACGGUCAAGACUUGGAUGCGAAGGUUGGAGCAGGUGGAGACAUUAGUGUGAGCGGUGAUGCAAAUUUGCCAGAUGUUGAUGUGAAUGCUCCUGAGGUAAAAGGGGAUCUUGGAGCAGACGCUAAUCUGUCUCUUGAUAGCAAAGGAAAAGGGUCAAAAAAGAAAACGGGGGGCGGAUUUCAUUUUCCAUCAUUCAAUUUUGGAUUUUCUCCUCCAAAGCACAAGCAUGGGAAAGUGUCAGGAGAUCUUCCAGAGGUUGAUAUAAAAGGUGAUGCAGAUGUUGCAAUUUCAGGUGGAGUUGCUGAAAAAGGACAUGGUGAUGCUAGCUUUGGUGGAGACCUGGACGUUGGAGGAAACUUGAAAGGUCCAAAGCUGUCUGGUCCUGACAUAAAUGUGGAUUUUGGAGGCAGUGGUGGGGGAAAAGUAGAUUUGCCUGAGGGAGAUGCCUCACUUGGCUUCGGCUUAAAAGGAAGAGGAGAUGGGAGCAGCUCUAGUGAUUCAGAAUCUGAUGAUGGCAAGAGAGGCUUUGGCCUGAAAGGUGGUAUCAAAGGCCCAAAAGUGAAAGGAGGUGUUGGCGGUAAACUGAAAGGACCAGAAAUUUCAGGUGAUACAGACGGCCCAGAUGCUGAUGUGAAGGGUGGUGCUGGCAUUGGUAUUGGAGUUUCUGGUGGCAUUGAUCUCCCCAAAGGAGGUGCAGAUGUGGAUGCAAAUCUACCAAAGGGCUCUGUUGAUUAUGAAGGACCAGAUCUUGGUGGGGUUAGCAAAUCCUUGGAUGUUGAUGUAAAAGCCUCAAAACCUGAUGCUGAUGUUUCUAUUGAUCUUCCAAGUGGAAAGCUUUCAGGUGAUGCAGACAUUGGAGUAGAUGCAGAUAUUGAUGCAGACAUUGAUCUUGGAGGCAAACAUAGGGGAUCUGGCAAGAAAAAGGGGAAAUUCCACUUGCCCUCAAUUAACAUGCCCUCCAUACAUUUACCAAAGGGUAAAGGCAAGGGGCAUGGUGAUGUAGACUUGGAUGGAGGACUUCAGAUUGAAGGGGACAUCAAAGGUCCAAAGGUGUCUGGUCCUGACAUGGAUGUGGAUGUCAGUGGGGGAGCAGGAGGAAAAGUGGAGCUGCCUGAAGGAGGUGGCUCGAUUUCUGUUGAAGGACCAAAGAUUGGAGGUGGUGUAGGUGUUGAUGAUGAUGGUAAAGCAUCUAAACCAGACAUUGGCCUGUCAGGUAAAGUUCCAGGUGCGUCUAUUGGAGGAAGUGUUGAUGGCCCUGGUAUAGAUGUCAAUUUGUCAGGCGGUGGCAAGAAGAAAAAACCGAAAAAGAAAACAGGUGGGGGGUUUCACAUGCCGUCAUUUGGCUUUGGCUUUAAAGGAAAGGGAGAUGACACCAGCAGCUCAAGUGAUUCUGAAUCAGAUGAUGGCAAGGCAGGCUUUGGCCUGAAAGGUGGUAUCAAAGGCCCAAAAGUGAAAGGAGAUGUUGGUGGAAAAUUGAAAGGACCAGGAAUAUCAGGUGACAUAGACGGCCCAGAUGCUGAUGUGAAGGGUGGUGCUGGCAUUGGUGUUGGAGUUUCUGGUGGCACUGACCUCCCCAAAGGAGGUGCAGAUGUGGAUGUAAAUCUACCAAAGGGCUCACUUGGUUUUGAAGGACCAGACCUUGGUGGGGUUAGCAAAUCCUUGGAUGUUGAUGUUAAAGCCUCAAAACCUGAUGCUGAUGUUUCUGUAAAUCUUCCAAGUGGAAAGCUUUCAGGCGAUGCAGACAUUGGAAUAGAUGCAAAUAUUGAUGCAGACAUUGAUCUGGGAGGCAAACAUAGGGGAUCUGGCAAGAAAAAGGGGAAAUUCCACAUGCCCUCCAUUAACAUGCCCUCCAUACACUUUUCAAAGGGUAAGGGCAAGGGGCAUGGCGAUGUUGACUUGGAUGGAGGCCUUCAGAUUGAAGGGGACAUCAAAGGUCCAAAGGUGUCUGGUCCUGACAUGGAUGUGGAUGUCAGUGGGGGAGCAGGAGGAAAAGUGGAGCUGCCCGAAGGAGAUGGCUCAAUUUCUGUUGAAGGGCCAAAGAUUGGAGGUGGUGUAGGUGUUGAUGAUGUUAAAGCAUCUAAACCAGACAUUGGCCUGUCGGGUGAAGUUCCAGGUGCGUCUAUUGGAGGAAGUGUUGAUGGCCCUGAUAUAGAUGUCAAUUUGUCAAGUGGGGGCAAGAAGAAAAAAACAAAAAAGAAAGGAGGUGGAGGAUUUCACAUGCCAUCAUUUGGCUUCGGCUUUAAAGGAAAGGGAGAUGGAACCAGCAGCUCUAGUGAUUCAGAAUCUGAUGAUGGCAAGAGAGGCUUUGGCAUGAAAGGUGGUAUCAAAGGCCCAAAAGUGAAAGGAGGUGUUGGCGGUAAACUGAAAGGACCAGAAAUAUCAGGUGACAUAGACGGCCCAGAUGUUGAUGUGAAGGGUGGUGCUGGCAUUGGUAUUGGAGUUUCUGGUGGCAUUGAUCUCACCAAAGGAGGUGCAGAUGUGGAUGCAAAUCUACCAAAGGGCUCUGUUGAUUAUGAAGUACCAGAUCUUGGUGGGGUUAGCAAAUCCUUGGAUGUUGAUGUUAAAGCCUCAAAACCUGAUGCUGAUGUUUCUAUUGAUCUUCCAAGUGGAAAGCUUUCAGGCGAUGCAGACAUUGGAAUAGAUGCCGAUAUUGAUGCAGACAUUGAUCUGGGAGGCAAACAUAGGGGAUCUGGCAAGAAAAAGGGGAAAUUCCAUAUGCCCUCAAUUAACAUGCCUUCCUUACACUUUCCAAAGGGUAAAGGCAAAGGGCAUGGUGAUGUUGACUUGGAUGGAGGACUUCAAAUUGAAGGGGACAUGAAAGGUCCAAAAGUGUCUGGUCCUGACAUAGAUGUGGAUGUUAGUGGGGGUGGUAGAGGAAAAGUGGAGCUUCCUGAAGGCGAUGGCUCAAUUUCUGUUGAAGGCCCAAAGAUUGGAGGUGGUGUAGAAGUUGAUGCUGAUGGUAAAGCAUUUAAACCAGACAUUGAUUUGUCAGGUAAAGGUCCAAGUGCAUCGAUUGGAGGAAGUGUUGAUGGGGGCAAGAAGAAAAAACCAAAAAAGAAAGCAGGUGGAGGAUUUCACAUGCCGUCAUUUGGCUUUGGCUUUAAAGGAAAGGGAGAUGGAACCAGCAGCUCAAGUGAUUCUGAAUCAGAUGAUGGCAAGGCAGGCUUUGGCUUGAAAGGUGGUAUCAAAGGCCCGAAAGUGAAAGGAGGUGUUGGUGGAAAAUUGAAAGGACCAGAAAUGUCAGGUGAUAUAGAAGGCCCAGAUGCUGAUGUGAAGGGUGGUGCUGACAUAGGUAUUGGAGUCUCUGGUGGCAUUGAUCUCCCCAAAGGAGAUGCAGAUCUGGAUAUGAAGCUACCAAAGGGCUCAAUCGGUAUUGAAGGACCAAAUCUUGGUGGGGUUAGCAAAUCCUUGGAUGUUGAUGUCAAAGCCUCAAAACCUGAUGCUGAUGUUUCUGUUGAUCUUCCAAGUGGAAAGCUUUCAGGCGAUGCCGACAUUGGUGUAGAUGCAGAUAUUAAUGCUGACAUUGGUCUGGGAGGCCAACACAGGGGAUCAGGCAAGAAAAGGGGGAAAUUUCACAUGCCCUCAAUUAACAUGCCCUCCAUACACUUUCCAAAGGGCAAGGGCAAGGGGCAUGGCGAUCUUGACUUGGAUGGAGGACUUCAAAUUGAAGGGGACAUCAAAGGUCCAAAGGUAUCUGGUCCUGACGUGGAUGUGGAUGUCAGUGGGGGAGCAGGAGGAAAAGUGGAGCUGCCUGAAGGAGGUGGCUCAAUUUCUGUUGAAGGACCAAAGAUUGGAGGUGGUGUAGAUGUUGAUGGUACAGCAUCUAAACCAGACAUUGACAUGACAGGUAAAGGUCCACAUGCAUCUGUUGGAGGAAGUGUUGAUGGCCCUGAUAUAGAUGUCAAUUUGUCAGGCGGGGGAAAGAAGAAAAAAACAAAAAAGAAAACAGGUGGGGGAUUUCACAUGCCGUCAUUUGGCUUUGGCUUUAAAGGAAAGGGAGAUGACACCAGCAGCUCAAGUGAUUCUGAAUCAGAUGAUGGCAAGGCAGGCUUUGGCAUGAAAGGUGGUAUCAAAGGCCCAAAAGUGAAAGGAGGUGUUGGUGGAAAAUUGAAAGGACCAGAAAUGUCAGGUGACAUAGAAGGCCCAGAUGCUGAUGUGAAGGGUGGUGCUGGCAUUGGUAUUGGAGUUUCUGGUGGCAUUGAUCUCCCCAAAGGAGGUGCAGAUGUGGAUAUGAAGCUACCGAAGGGCUCAAUUGGUAUUGAAGGACCAGAUCUUGGUGGGGUUAGCAAAUCCUUGGAUGUUGAUGUUAAAGCCUCAAAACCUGAUGCUGAUGUUUCUAUUGAUCUUCCAAGUGGAAAGCUUUCAGGCGAUGCAGACAUUGGAAUAGAUGCAGAUAUUGAUGCAAACACUGAUCUUGGAGGCAAACAUAGGGGAUCUGGCAAGAAAAAGGGGAAAUUCCACAUGCCCUCAAUUAACAUGCCUUCAUUACACUUACCAAAGGGUAAAGGCAAGGGGCAUGGUGAUGUUGACUUGGAUGGAGGACUUCAAUUGAAGGGGACAAAAGGUCCAAAAGUGUCUGGUCCUGACAUAGAUGUGGAUGUUAGUGGGGAUGGUAGAGGAAAAGUGGAGCUGCCUGAAGGCGAUGGUUCAUUUUCUGUUGAAGGACCAAUGAUUGGAGGUGGUGUAGGUGUUGAUGUUGAUGGUACAGCAUCUAAACCAGACAUUGACAUGACAGGUAAAGGUCCACAUGCAUCUAUUGGAGGAAGUGUUGAUGGCCCUGAUAUAGAUGUCAAUUUGUCAGGCGGUGGCAAGAAGAAAAAACAAAAAAAGAAAACAGGUGGGGGAUUUCAUAUGCCGUCAUUUGGCUUUGGCUUUAAAGGAAAGGGAGAUGACACCAGCAGCUCAAGUGAUUCUGAAUCAGAUGAUGGCAAGGCAGGCUUUGGCCUGAAAGGUGGUAUCAAAGGCCCAAAAGUGAAAGGAGGUGUUGGUGGAAAAUUGAAAGGACCAGAAAUAUCAGGUGACAUAGACGGCCCAGAUGCUGAUGUGAAGGGUGGUGCUGGCAUUGGUGUUGGAGUUUCUGGUGGCACUGACCUCCCCAAAGGAGGUGCAGAUGUGGAUGUAAAUCUACCAAAGGGCUCAAUUGGUUUUGAAGGACCAGACCUUGGUGGGGUUGGCAAAUCCUUGGAUGUUGAUGUUAAAGCCUCAAAACCUGACGCUGAUGUUUCUGUUGAUCUUCCAAGUGGAAAGCUUUCAGGCGAUGCAGACAUUGGAAUAGAUGCAGAUAUUGAUGCAGACAUUGAUCUGGGAGGCAAACAUAGGGGAUCUGGCAAGAAAAAGGGGAAAUUCCACAUGCCCUCACUUAAUAUGCCCUCCAUACACUUUCCAAAGGGUAAAGGCAAGGGGCAUGGUGAUGUUGACUUGGAUGGAGGACUUCAAAUUGAAGGGGACAUGGAAGGUCCAAAAGUGUCUGGUCCUGACAUAGAUGUGGAUGUCAGUGGGGGAGCAGGAGGAAAGGUGGAGCUGCCUGAAGGAGAUGGCUCAAUUUCUGUUGAAGGGCCAAAGAUUGGAGGUGGUGUUGGUGUCGAGGUUGAUGGUAAAGCAUCUAAACCAGACAUGGACCUGUCAGGUAAAGGUCCAGAUGCAUCUUUUGGAGGAAGUGUUGAUGCCCCUGACGUGGAUGUCAAUUUGUCUGUUGGGGGCAAGAAAAAAAGUCCAAAAAAGAAAGCAGGUGGAGGAUUUCACUUGCCCUCAUUUGGCUUUGGCUUUAAAGGAAAGGGAGAUGGAACCAGCAGCUCAAGCGAUUCUGAAUCAGAUGAUGGCAAGGCAGGCUUUGGCCUGAAAGGUGGUAUCAAAGGCCCAAAAGUGAAAGGAGGUGUUGGUGCAAAACUGAAAGGACCAGAUAUAUCAGGUGACAUUGACGGCCCAGAUGCUGAUGUGAAGGUUGGUGCUGACAUAGGUAUUGGAGUCUCUGGUGGCAUUGAUCUCCCCAAAGGAGAUGCAGAUGUGGAUAUGAAGCUACCGAAGGGCUCAAUUGGUAUUGAAGGACCAGAUCUUGGAGGAGUGACAAAGGCUUUAGAUGUUGAUGUUAAGGCUUCGAAACCUGAAGGUAAUGUUUCAGUUGAUCUGCCGAGUGGUAAAAUGUUUGUCGAUAGCCCUGAUGCAUCUGUUGAUACUGAAAUUGAUGGUGCAAUUGGAUUUGACGGAAAGGGUAAAGGAUCCGGAAAAAAGAAAAGGGGGUUUCACAUGCCAUCGUUUGGAUUACCAAAGAUGAAAGGAGGCAAAGGAGACUAUGACCUUAGUCACAGCGGGGACAUCGAUGUUGGUGCAGAAGGAAAAUUCAAGCCGACGGGUGGUAGUGCUGACUUGUCUCUCAAUGGGGAUUUUGAGCUAGCAAAACCAGAAGCUGGCAUUUCGGUAGAUCAACCAAGUGGACCAAAAGUCCAGACAGACUUUGAUGCCACAGCUGACGCUAAACUGCACAGAGGAGAUAAAAAGAGAGGUUCUGGGAAAAGGGGCAGCUUUGGCCUGCCAUCUAUACACUUUGGCAAGUCAAAGCAUAAAGCUUCGGGAGAUGUUGAUGUAAACAUUGAUGUAUCACCCCCAAAGGCAUCUGGAAGUAUAAACGUCAAGGGUAAAGGCAGCCCAAAGAAAAAGAAGGGCAAAUUUGGAUUAGGUUUAGGCGGUAAAAAGGAAGAAAUGGAUGUGAGUGCAGGUAGUGAUAUUGUUACUCCCAAAGUUGACAUUGAAGCAAAGGCUGCAAAACCAAGUGGAGAUAUUAGUGGUGGUCACCUUGCAGGAGUUGGAGACUUCACAGUUGACCUGGAUGUUGCAGCUCCCAAACUUGAUGGGUCAUUCUCUGGCGGUGGAGGCAUUGGUGGAGAUAUUAAUGGAGAUGGAAAAAUUGAUGCAGAUGUUACAGCACCACAACCAGAUGCUUCCCUUUCUGUAGGUGGAGGAAUAGACCUAAGUGCUGGAAGUGGUGAAAUGGGAGAAGUUCCAGAUGUUGGUUUGAAUCUUGGCAAAAAGGGAAAACCUAAAAAGCCAAAAGGAAAAAAAAAGGGAGGCUUUGGUUUUGGAUUUCGAGGUAAAAAGGAUGGGAAAUCAAGCAGCAGUUCCAGUUCUUCAGAAUCAGACCAUGAAGGGAAAGGGGGGUUCAAAGUCAAAUUGCCCAGUUUUGGAUUUUCAGGCAAGGCUAAAAGACCUGGAUCUGCAGAGGGAGGAAUUGACAUCAGUGGUGAUGUUGAUGUGUCGGCACCUAAAUCAGAUGGUUCGCUGUCAGUAGGUGGAGGAGGAAUUGGUGCUGGUGUUGGAGCCCUAGAUAGAAUUGGAGAUGGAAAAGUUGAUGUUGAUGUCUCAGCACCUAAACCAGAUGGCUCACUGUCAGCAGGUGGAUUUGGUGGGGGAUUCGGAGGCCUUGGUGGAAUUGGAGAUGGAAAAGUUGAUGUUGAUGUCUCAGCACCAAAACCAGAUGGCUCACUGUCAGCAGGUGGAGGAAUUGGUGGGGGAUUUGGAGGAAAAGUUGAUGUUGAUGUCUCAGCACCUAAACCAGAUGGCUCACUGUCAAUAGGUGGAGGAAUUGGUGGGGGUUUUGGAGGCCUUGGUGGAAUUGGAGAUGGAAACGUUGAUGUUGAUGUCUCAGCUCCUAAACCAGAUGGCUCACUGUCUGCAGGUGGAGGAAUUGGUGGGGGAUUUGGAGGUCUUGGUGGAAUUGGAGAUGGAAAAGUUGAUGUUGAUGUCUCAGCACCUAAACCAGAUGGCUCACUCUCGAUAGGUGGUGGAAUUGGUGGGGGAUUUGGAGGCCUGGGUGGAAUUGGAGAUGGAAAAGUUGAUGUUGAUGUCUCAGCACCUAAACCAGAUGGCUCACUGUCAGCAGGUGGAGGAAUUGGUGGGGCAUUUGGAGGCCUUGGUGGAAUUGGAGAUGGAAAAGUUGAUGUUGAUGUCUCAGCACCUAAACCAGAUGGCUCACUGUCAGCAGGUGGAGGCCUUGGUGGGGGAUUUGGAGGCCUUGGUGGAAUUGGAGAUGGAAAAGUUGAUGUUGAUGUCUCAGCACCUAAACCAGAUGGCUCACUGUCAAUAGGUGGAGGCCUUGGUGGGGGAUUUGGAGGCCUUGGUGGAAUUGGAGAUGGAAAAGUUGAUGUUGAUGUCUCAGCACCUAAACCAGAUGGCUCACUGUCAGCAGGUGGUGGAAUUGGUGGGGGAUUUGGAGGCCUUGGUGGAAUUGGAGAUGGAAAAGUUGAUGUUGAUGUCUCAGCUCCUAAACCAGAUGGCUCACUGUCAAUAGGUGGAGGAAUUGGUGGGGGAUUUGGAGGUCUUGGUGGAAUUGGAGAUGGAAAAGUUGAUGUUGAUGUCUCAGCACCUAAACCAGAUGGCUCAUUGUCAGCAGGUGGAGGAAUUGGUGGGGGAUUUGGAGGCCUUGGUGGAAUUGGAGAUGGAAAAGUUGAUGUUGAUGUCUCAGCUCCUAAACCAGAUGGCUCACUGUCAGCAGGUGGAGGAAUUGGUGGGGGAUUUGGAGGCCUUGGUGGAAUUGGAGAUGGAAAAGUUGAUGUUGAUGUCUCAGCACCUAAACCAGAUGGCUCACUGUCAAUAGGUGGAGGCCUUGGUGGGGGAUUUGGAGGCCUUGGUGGAAUUGGAGAUGGAAAAGUUGAUGUUGAUGUCUCAGCACCUAAACCAGAUGGCUCACUGUCAGCAGGUGGUGGAAUUGGUGGGGGAUUUGGAGGCCUUGGUGGAAUUGGAGAUGGAAAAGUUGAUGUUGAUGUCUCAGCUCCUAAACCAGAUGGCUCACUGUCAAUAGGUGGAGGAAUUGGUGGGGGAUUUGGAGGUCUUGGUGGAAUUGGAGAUGGAAAAGUUGAUGUUGAUGUCUCAGCUCCUAAACCAGAUGGCUCACUGUCAGCAGGUGGAGGAAUUGGUGGGGGAUUUGGAGGCUUUGGUGGAAUUGGAGAUGGAAAAGUUGAUGUUGAUGUCUCAGCACCUAAACCAGAUAGCUCACUGUCAAUAGGUGGAGGAAUUGGUGGGGCAUUUGGAGGCCUUGGUGGAAUUGGAGAUGGAAAAGUUGAUGUUGAUGUCUCAGCACCUAAACCAGAUGGCUCACUGUCAGCAGGUGGAGGAAUUGGUGGGGGAUUUGGAGGCCUUGGUGGGGGAUUUGGAGGCCUUGGUGGAAUUGGAGAUGGAAAAGUUGAUGUUGAUGUCUCAGCACCUAAACCAGAUGGCUCCCUGUCAGCAGGUGGAGGAAUUGGUGGGGUAUUGGGAGGCCUUGGUGGGGGAUUUGGAGGCCUUGGUGGAAUUGGAGAUGGAAAAGUUGAUGUUGAUGUCUCAGCACCUAAACCAGAUGGCUCACUGUCAGCAGGUGGAGGAAUUGGUGGGGGAUUUGGAGGCCUUGGUGGAAUUGGAGAUGGAAAAGUUGAUGUUGAUGUCUCAGCACCUAAACCAGAUGGCUCACUGUCAGCAGGUGGAGGAAUCGGUGGGGGAUUUGGAGGCCUUGGUGGAAUUGGAGAUGGAAAAGUUGAUGUUGAUGUCUCAGCACCUAAACCAGAUGGCUCACUGUCAGCAGGUGGUGGAAUUGGUGGGGUAUUUGGAGGCCUUGGUGGAAUUGGAGAUGGAAAAGUUGAUGUUGAUGUCUCAGCUCCUAAACCAGAUGGCUCACUGUCAAUAGGUGGAGGAAUUGGUGGGGGAUUUGGAGGUCUUGGUGGAAUUGGAGAUGGAAAAGUUGAUGUUGAUGUCUCAGCUCCUAAACCAGAUGGCUCACUGUCAAUAGGUGGAGGAAUUGGUGGGGGAUUUGGAGGCCUUGGUGGAAUUGGAGAUGGAAAAGUUGAUGUUGAUGUCUCAGCACCUAAACCAGAUGGCUCACUGUCAGCAGGUGGAGGAUUUGGUGGGGGAUUUGGAGGCCUUGGUGGAAUUGGAGAUGGAAAAGUUGAUGUUGAUGUCUCAGCACCUAAACCAGAUGGUUCACUGCCAGCAGGUGGAGGAAUCGGUGGGGGAUUUGGAGGCCUUGGUGGAAUUGGAGAUGGAAAAGUUGAUGUUGAUGUCUCAGCUCCUAAACCAGAUGGCUCACUGUCAAUAGGUGGAGGAAUUGAUGGGGGAUUUGGAGGCCUUGGUGGAAUUGGAGAUGGAAAAGUUGAUGUUGAUGUCUCAGCACCUAAACCAGAUGGCUCACUGUCAGCAGGUGGAGGAUUUGGUGGAGGAUUUGGAGGCCUUGGUGGAAUUGGAGAUGGAAAAGUUGAUGUUGAUGUCUCAGCACCUAAACCAGAUGAUUCACUGUCAGCAGGUGGAGGAAUUGGUUGGGGAUUUGGAGGCCUUGGUGGAAUUGGAGAUGGAAAAGUUGAUGUUGAUGUCUCAGCACCUAAACCAGAUGGCUCACUGUCAGCAGGUGGAGGAAUCGGUGGGGGAUUUGGAGGCCUUGGUGGAAUUGGAGAUGGAAAAGUUGAUGUUGAUGUCUCAGCACCUAAACCAGAUGGUUCACUGUCAAUAGGUGGAGGAAUUGGUGGGGGAUUGGGAGGCCUUGGUGGAAUUGGAGAUGGAAAAGUUGAUGUUGAUGUCUCGGCACCUAAACCAGAUGGUUCACUGUCAAUAGGUGGAGGAAUUGGUGGGGGAUUUGGAGGUCUUGGUGGAAUUGGAGAUACAAAAGUUGAUGUUACAGCACCCAACCCAGAAGGUUCUCUCUCUGUUAGUGGUCCUGAUGUAAGUGGAGAUGGCAUUAGUGGCAAUUUUGGUGGAGGCAUUGGUGAUGGUGCAGGUGGUAGCUUUGGGGGUGGAGAUAUUGACAUUGAAACUAAAGCACCAAAACCAGAUGGCUCAUUUUCUGUAGGUGGAGGUCUGGCCUUGGCUGGUGAGGGAUUUGGUAAAGAUUUUGGAGGUGACCUAGAUAUGGUUACACCUAAGGUUGAUGACAGCGUAAAAGCAGUCAAACCAAAAGCCAACGCAUCAGCUGGAGGUUUUGUUGGCAGAGGCCUUGGAGGUGGUAUUGCUGGAGGCUUUGAUGGCAUCGGAGAUGGAAAAAUUGAUGUGGAUACUGCAAUACCCAAACCAGAUACCUCAUUCUCUGCAGGUGGAGGGAUUGAUGUAGGCCUUGGCUUUAGUGGAGACCACAAGGGAGAUAUUGGUGGAAUCGGAAAUGGAAAAUUUGAUGUCAGUGGGGAGUUUGGCAGCGAUGAUAUUAAGCCUGAAGUUGACAUGAAUGUCAAAGCAGCUAAACCAGAGGGUUCAUUAAGUGGAGAGAUCGGUGGCAUUUUGACUGGUGGCCCUGAUAUUGGCAGUGGUCUCGGAGCAGAUGUUGACAUUGAUGUUGGUACAACAAAACCCGACAUGUCAAUGGGCGGCCUGGAUGGAAUUGGAAUGGGAGGCACAGCUGGCGAUAUUAGUGGUGAUGUUGGUGUUGGCUUAUCUGGUGGAGCCAAAUUGGGCCUACCUGAAGUAACAGGUUCUGCUAGUACUAAAACUGAUGGUAAAAAGCGGAAGAAAAGAGGAAAAGGAAAGAAGAAAAAGGAUCAUGAGGGAUCAUCAGUCGAUGGUGCUGUUUCAGUAGAUGUACCAAGUGCAGACAUCGGAGUAGUGGGCGGGGAUGGUGGAGAAGUUGACGUUGACAAAGCUGCUUCUGGAGGACUUUCUGUUAAACUGCCAGAAAUGUCGGGCUCAUUAGCAGGCAAAGCUGACGUUGAUGUUAAAACAGAAUCAAAGGCUCGUCCAAAGAAGAAAAAGAAGGAAAAGAAAGGAUUCUUUGGGUCAAUAGGCCUGUCCAGAGAUUCUACUUCUAGCUCCAGCUCUAGCUCCAGUUCAUCUUCUGACUCUGAUGAAGGUAUUGGCUCCAGAAUAAUGUCAACAUUUGGAUUUGGCAAAAAAGACUCCAGUGACUCUGAUAACCCCAAUUCAAAUAACAACAACAAUACGCAGACUGAUGGUACACAAACAAUUGAAACAAGACACGACGACAUGGAACUCAAUGUGAACAAUAAUGCAAAUGGAGAUGAUGCUGAUGAUUCAGCUGCAUAUGCCAAAGAACAUUCCCACUCCAAAGGAAAGAAGUCUUUGGGGAAGUUUUUCAGCCGCAAAGGUCGACAAACCAUUGUUCAAAUACCAGACGAAGACACUGCUGAUGAAGUAGGACUCCAUGGAGUAGACAGUUUGCACUCCAGUAGAUCUGAUGUAAAUGACGUUAACCGCAUGCCGUCCAACAGGAGUGACAGUCUGCAUGCACGUCACACACAACAGAAAACACUGUCAAAAUCUGAGAGCCAGAGGGAGGGCAAGGUGGGAACAUUAGGCAAGCUGUUCGGGAAGAAAAAGACAAAGAAAGGCACAGAAAUGCUACAAGAAACCAAGGAUAUGUCUCCACCAAUAAGAGUCGGUAGAUAUGAAAGUGUCUCGGCGGAAAGUACUGGCAGUGUAGAUAUGUCUGUUAGCAGUAGCAGUCCUGUAACAUACUCCCCUGCAGAAUUUCUGCCAAGGCCUAGGGCUUCCGUUGAUAGUACAUCUUCAACUUCUUCAAAGUCUACCAAAAAACGGGCAGCUCCACCCCCACCAAUCUUAAAAGUUGCACCUCAAGAACAUUUAUUCAAAGGUAGUGUCCCUGGGUCUCCAGGAUCGGAAUAUUCUUUGAAAUCAUUUUCAUCUUCAUCUUCAAUAGGAACACCUCCAACCCACUGUAGAAAAGGUUUUGCUCCCACCCUACCAAUUCAAUCAUUCGACAAAAGGUAUAGUGCUGUUUCACUUCCAGAUAUGCACUCCCACAGACAAGAGUCUCAUAUCAGAGCUGCUUCAUUGGAAGUACCUAAGGGUCCACUAUUAUCCCAGAUGUCUAACCGUUCCACUUCUGGCCUUUUAGCUGAGCAUGGAAUCAUGUAUUCAAGUAUUGAAGACCUAGGCACAAUAGCAGAAGCUGUUAAGGUGUUGCCACUUCCACAAGGGGCUCCCCCUCCUAAACCAAAGCGUUCGGCAUCACCCAGUAUUCUAGAAGAAGAGGUGGAUGAAAAGGAGUCUCUUUUCUGGGUUGAAGAGAUUGUAGAUAAAUAUUGUGUAAAUACUGUGCAGGAAACAUCAAUUUCAAACCAAUCCCUGCCAGAGACUGCAACCUUAUCCAACCAAAGGUCUGAUUCAAAACAAUCCAACAAAACCUGUGAAGAAAAUCUUGGAAAUUCUGAGAAGCAGUUUGAACUGUCAUUGACGGAGGAAGAACAGAUGACAAAGUUUAAGCAAAUUUAUCUGUUUGAUUCAGACUUCAUGUUUGCACCACACAUGCAAACUGCAGAAUCGCAGUAUGACAUUGAAGUGGCUUGCGAUAACAAGUCUUCAGAAAACAUCCAACUCCAAAGUCAACGUGCAACCAGUGUUCCUAGUUUAGCACCUAGUGAUCCACAAGCAAGCAUUUCUGCCUCAGACACCAAGCCUUUGCAGACGAAGCCUAACAAAUCUGCUUGUGAAGAGGCACCAAUUUUAGAGGAUUCAGAUAAAGCACAAAAAUCUGACAGUGAUUCCAUGAGUGCUCCUGAAAACUCAGCAACUAUAAAACCCCAAAACAGUUGUGUGGAAGAAAAGCAACUAUUGUACACACAGCACACAAAUACAGAUUUCUCUUCGUGCAAAGAAGAUGCAGCCAUCCCUGAUUUUUCAAUAGUGAGACGAAUGGCGAAAGAGGCUAUUUCAUCAAAUCAUGAAAGGUCAUCUGAAAUUAAGGCACUCCUUAAAAAAUCCAUGGCAAGAAUGAUGGGAGUUGAUCUUCCUGUCAAGUCAAUUUCUAUAACACAUUCAGAGAAAAAGACUGAUGGAGAUGAAUGUAAAGAAGACUUUGACAGUUGCAGUGGAUCAACUAGGAAGGAAAUGGGACAUACUAUAUCAUUUGUAGAUAUGGACAAAGUAGCAGUUGAGAAUUUGUCAUCUGCAGAGGAGCAUUCUCAUGACUGCAAAAAAGUCUCUUCAGAAAAUACCCAAACCCCAGUGGACCACAAUUUGAAAAGAAGUCGGGAAAAACAAAAGAUUGAUACAGAUUCUGAUGGAAUAAGGAUGUCUUUGGUAGCAGGAGAUACAGCAGUAGUUGCAGAACAGCAUGAAACAAUGCAGAAGGACCCCAAUCAAAGGAAGGCUUCCUCAAGAAUUUUGGUCAGUGAAUAUGUGCCAGUUGAUUCUUUAGGAAUUGGAUUGACCACUCCUAAAAUGAAAGGUAUCCAAGAAACAGUUUUUGCUGAAAAAUGUGUAGAUCAAAAUGCCAAUACAGAAAAAGUGCCCAAAAUAGAAACGGACAGUAAGCCUUUAACAAGGUCAAAUUCCUUACAUCAUAAUGGUAAUAAUUCAGUGUCUAAAACAUUUCGUGCUUUGUCACGGUCCAAAUCAUUGGGUGCAGAAGAGUGGAACGAAGCAAUACACAGAGAUGAACCAGAUGGGGAACACCAAGAAAAGCACUUUGAAUUUGAAAGAGCAGAGCCUAAAGAUGAACUUGAAAAACUAGCUUCCUUGAGUGUUGUGAAAGCAGUACGGAAAAGAUUUGGUGGUGUAAUGUCCAAGGAAAAUAAUCAGAACCCAUCAGAUAAGCCAAGAAAACAAGUUCCGGAAAAUAAAACAGCACAAAUCUCAGGUGGUUCAGAUAAGGAAAUCCUCGAGUUCCUCAAAGCCCAGACUAAAUUAAGGAGAGUUAAUCCUUCUGGCAAGAUAUCGGUCUCGGAGCAGACAAUGAACAAAGUGCCAGUGGAAAGGUCCAAACAGGUGCAAGCUGAACCAAAGUUUGUUUGUUCAACUGAUUCAGAUGACAAAGAGAGCCCAGAGUUUGUAAAAGUACAAACUAAAUUGAGGAAAGUUACUCCUCCUGAUAAGAUUGCAAUCACAGAGCAGGACCAAAUGAUGAGUCAACCCCCAGUGGAAAGCACUGAAUCCAUACAAAUCUCACCAAAGCCAACAAAGCCCAACCAAUCAACAGUAAAUCAAGCAUCCCCAACUUUUGCAGGUGUUGGACGAGUAAUGUAUCAGAGUAAAGCAUUGACAUGGAGGAAGUCCACAGAUAGGGCACCCCCAAAAAAGGAAGAGGUACCAGUCAAAAAGAAUGCAGAAGAUGAUAGUUUCCCAAUAAUUGAAAGUGUAAGUUCCUGGAAGGAGAAGCGAGCGAGGAAAAAGAGUUCAGUUGUGGAUGAUUAUGAAGUAACAGGGGAAAAUUGUGAAAGAGAACAAGAUAAGCCUGUGCAGGGGGAGUCAGUUGUCAAAGAUACACAAGUUGUUCAGCAUGUCAAGGUUGAAGAUAAAGACAUGCAUGUCCUUGAGAAAACACAAAUGAUGCCACGGAUGCUAGAAUUACAAGAUCCAAGUCGGAACUGCAAGCAGAAGGAACACAAAAAGGAAACAAUGGAUGUUGAUUUAGUCAUAAGGAAAUCUACAUUGGAACGGUCAGGUGAAAAUCCUAUUGAAGAAUCACCAUCAGCAAUCAUUUCAACUGAGCUUACAGCAGAGCAGAAUAAAUACAACAAAACUGAGGUACCAGACAGCGGUAUGCAAUCUAUAUUUGAAGAGGAACACAAAAUUUGUUCACAGGGAACCAAAGAAAAAGAGACCUCUAAGCAAGAAACUGAAGUUGGAGAUGAGGAAGCACACAUGAGACGGCAUAAAGAAGUCCGUGAAAGAACCAGAACUAUUCUUGCUAAAAUGAAGGCUGCGAAAGCAUUCCAAGCAUCAUUCACAAGUGCUCAGACAUUCAGUGAUGAUACGAGAGUACAGCGAAGAGGAUUUGAAGAGUCAUCUAAAAUCCGAGAACACAGACGUCAUUCAAAAUCCACACCAAACAUUGACAAGAGUUGGGAAAUAUUUGAAUUGUUGCCUAAUAAAUCUGAUAUCCAGCAUGCAGUCCAAUCAGUUUCCCAGGGCAGCUUGAAUGAAGGACUUGUAAUGAAAAAUGAAGAUGAAAAAAACAAAUUCAACUUGGAUAAAACAGUGAAGCAAUCUCCAGUUCAGCAAAGAGUUAUUCGAAAGGUUAAACGGAAAACACAUGUUCGAAGACCGGUCAGUGGGGAUCUUGACAGGCAUUCAGAAAGUUCAUCGGAAGGCCUCUCUGAAGAUGAAACUCUGAGAAGACAGAACAUCAGUGGUCGUUUAGAUUCUGGUUUUUCUGAUAUUGCAUCCCACUCUGAGAUUGACAGAUGUAUCCUUCCACAAAAAAGCCAUCCCAGAAAAAAUGGGGCAAAACUGAAGCAGUUAAGCCCACGAACCAGUCCAAAAAUGCACCAAAAGAUUGCGUCAGUUGCUGAAUUGUCUCAUAAACCAGUCACUGAUGCUUCUCCCAGUACCAAAAAUGUAACAACGCUAGAUACUGCAGAGCUGCAAAGGAUUAUCAUACAGCAACAGGAAGAAAUGCGACUUCUUCGUCAACAGAUGCAAGCGUCUCAGUUGCAGGCCGCUCAGAUGCAGCCCGCUCAGAUGCAGCAAGCUCAAUUGCAGGCCUCUCAGAUGCAGGCCUCUCAGUUGCAGGCCGCUCAGAUGCAGGCCUCUCAGUUGCAUGCAUCUCAGUUACAGGCUACUCAGAUACAUGCCUCUCAGUUGCAGGCCUCUCAGUUGCAGGCCGCUCAGUUGCAGGCCUCUCAGUUACAGGCCACUCAGAUACAUGCCUCACAAAUGCAGCCUUCCUCUCUUCCUAAUACCAGCCAGUCCCAACCUGGAAAUGUAGGGUCAAUGAGCGCAGCAACAGCCCCUCAUGUUCCCUCCAUGCCCUUCAUGUACUCUCAGCCUAAUAUGAUGAUGUCAGCUGUGCAGCAGCCAAUGUACUAUUUACCACAUGGGAUGCAACCCUCUGGGGCGGGGAUGCAAGGUCCUGGUGUGCAGAUGCCAGGGGUUCUUCCACUGGGCAACUUCUCAUCCUUUGCGCCUUUUCCUGUACAGGGGAUGUUACCGAUGCAGACACAACUGCCACCUAUGGGUAUGCAAGUACAAGGUAGUGUGACACAGUACCCCACCACAAGCCACUUGCCGACAAUGACCACAGCCGGGGGAUCCUUUGGCAGUACCUUAGGUAUGCCUGAGCAGAAACACAGCGAGUAG